UUUUUUUUGUCCAUGUAUCGCACGUCUCCCCCUCUCGACUUAUAGUGAGGAGCGUAUUCUUGGUUGGUCAAAAUUUCCCCGCGAAAUUUACGUCACAGGCAGUUUCGCGCCACCAUUCACUUCUGAAGGGAAACAGAGCGGACGUUUUGAGUCAAGAUGUCUUCACCAUCAUCUCAGAGCCGUAAGAGAGACCCUCCGACCCCUGCGAGCGAGGACCCCCUCUCCCCGCCGUCACAGCGGUCCAGAGCCCAUGACACAUCCACAGAGCUUCAGCCCAUGCCCACAUCUCCAGCCAUGGACACAGCCCCUCACGACACGUCGCUGUUCUCCAGCCCUAUGGCUCCGCGCUCUGUAUUGCAGAGUGAGAUCGACGCCAGUUCUCCGCUGAUGUACGGCACUCCCAGCUCCAGAGUGGAAGGGACGCCCCGCAGCGGCAUACGCGGGACCCCGGCACGUCAGCGGGCUGACCUGGGAUCUGUGCGGAAAGCUCCGCAGGUCGACAUGCACUCGGAGCCGCCAUCUGGAGACGCAGCAGCACCUGGCAGCGAGCAGGGGGCGGGACAGAGACUGGUGAUCUGGGGCACUGAUGUCAAUGUGGGAACCUGCAAAGAGAAGUUUCAGCGUUUCCUUCAGCAUUUCACAGACCCUAACUCCAGAGAGGAUGAGAAUGCUGGUCUGGAUCUGAAUGAGCCUCUUUAUAUGCAGAAACUGGAUGAGAUCAGUGUUGUUGGAGAGCCGGUGUUGAAUGUGAACUGCAGUCAUAUUCAGACUUUUGAUGCUGAUCUCUACCGCCAGCUGAUCUGUUAUCCACAGGAAGUCAUCCCCACUUUCGAUAUGGCCGUCAAUGAGCUCUUCUUUGAUCGUUUCCCUGACUCUGUGUUGGAGCAUCAGAUUCAAGUGCGUCCCUACAGCGCCCUGAAAACCAGAAACAUGCGUGCACUCAACCCUGAAGAUAUUGACCAGCUCAUCACUAUCAGUGGGAUGGUGAUCCGCACAUCUCAGCUGAUCCCUGAGAUGCAGGAGGCGUUUUUCCGCUGUCAGGUGUGUGCGUUUAACACGCGUGUGGAGGUGGACCGUGGACGCAUCGCUGAACCUGCCGUCUGCCGCAACUGCAACACCACCCACAGCAUGGCGCUGAUGCACAACCGCUCUGCCUUUUCCGACAAACAAAUGAUCAAACUACAGGAAUCUCCAGAGGACAUGCCAGCUGGUCAGACGCCCCACACCACAGUCGUCUACGCUCACAAUGACUUAGUGGACAAAGUGCAACCUGGAGACAGAAUAAACAUCACUGGCAUUUACAGAGCCGCCCCCAUGCGUCUGAAUCCACGACAGAGCCAGGUGAAGUCUGUGUACAAGACCCACAUUGACGCCAUUCACUUCCGCAAGACGGAUGAGAAGCGUCUUCAUGGACUGGAUGAGGACGGUGAGCAGAAACUCUUCACCAAAGAACGAGUCGCCACGCUUAAAGAACUAGCCGCAAAACCAGACGUCUACGAACGCCUGUCCUCCGCCCUGGCACCCAGCAUCUAUGAACAUGAGGACAUCAAGAAAGGCAUCCUGUUGCAGUUAUUUGGCGGGACCCGUAAGGACUUCACUCAGACGGGCCGCGGGAACUUCCGUGCAGAGAUCAACAUCCUGCUUUGCGGCGAUCCGGGUACCAGUAAAUCCCAGCUGCUCCAGUACGUGUAUAACCUUGUUCCUCGCGGGCAGUACACAUCUGGGAAAGGAUCCAGUGCUGUCGGCCUCACAGCCUACGUGAUGAAGGACCCGGAAACCCGGCAGCUGGUUCUGCAGACAGGAGCGCUCGUGCUCAGUGACAACGGCAUCUGCUGCAUCGACGAGUUUGAUAAGAUGAGCGACAGCACGCGAUCUGUGCUGCAUGAGGUCAUGGAGCAGCAGACGCUCUCUAUUGCCAAGGCUGGGAUCAUUUGCCAACUUAAUGCUCGGACCUCCGUCCUACCCGAAGCCGGAGGGCGCCGCAGCCAAUCCGGCAAUCAUGGAAUUGCUUCAUUUAUUAUCUUUUUUGUCACCUCUUCUAAGUGUUUCUCUGAAAAAUCUCCUGUUCUUAGGUUUGAUUUGAUCUUCCUAAUGCUGGACCCUCAGGACGAGGCAUAUGACAGACGUCUGGCGCAUCACCUCGUGGCUCUGUAUUAUCAGAGUGAAGAGCAGGUUGAGGAGGAGUAUCUGGACAUGGCCGUGCUGAAGGACUACAUCGCUUUUGCUCGUACAUCUGUGCAUCCCAGACUCAACGAAGAAGCUAGUCAGGCCCUUAUUGAGGCCUAUGUAGACAUGCGUAAGAUCGGCAGCGGUAGAGGUAUGGUGUCCGCGUACCCCCGUCAGCUGGAGUCUCUGAUCAGACUGGCUGAAGCACACGCUAAAGUACGUUUCUCAAACAAAGUCGAAACCAUCGACGUGGAGGAAGCCAAGAGACUACACAGAGAGGCCCUGAAACAGUCCGCCACUGAUCCCAGGACAGGAUUCGUGGAUAUCUCCAUCCUCACCACAGGUAUGAGUGCGACAGCACGCAAGCGUAAGGAGGAAGUGGCUCAGGCACUAAAGAAACUCAUCCAAUCAAAGGGCAAAACACCAGCUAUGAAGUACCAACAGUUGUUUGAUGAUCUUCGUGGCCAGUCAGAAGCGGCCAUUACUAAGGACAUGUUUGAUGAGGCCCUCCGAGCACUUGCUGAUGAAGAUUAUCUGACCGUCACAGGAAAGACUGUUCGGCUUCUGUGAAUGCUUAAUAUGCCUGGCUGCUGCUUCCUCUUUUGUUACUUGCUUUAUCCUUUUUUGUUUUUCUAUAGAGCAAUUAUUGUUAAUAGUGAUAUGUAUGGAGCCUUUCUGGUUGCAAUAAAUGAGUUUUGUUGUUAAAGAAAA